AUGGACCUCACUUCUGAGUUUCGAGGAAUGGUUAAUGACUUUUCAGCCCUCACCGAUAAAAGUCGAAAGAAACGAAACGACGUUCUUCCGCCAGUGAAAAAGAAGUUGGAAGUGCAGGACGAAUUCUUAAAGGAAGCCUACCGAAUAGCUUCACACAUAAACAACUUAAGAAACUUUCUUAUUUCAAUUCGAAAAGCUUAUCUAAAUACUUCGCGACAGAGUCCACUCUCGAAGGCUAGUUCCUGCGUUCCUUUGUCGAUCGAUGGUAGUUCGGAUCAAGGUUUGACAUCCACCAGGAUCGGCUCCUUUACAACUUUAACGGAUAAACAGCGAGACGAAAUUGAUUCACAGGCCAAAACGAUAAUUCAACAAUGUUUAGAGAGGAUAAAAAAAUUGGAAGAAGCUGAACAAGUUCGGCAGAAUUCCAUUUUGAGUAAUACCUGGACAAAGAUCUUGUCCACAGCAUUCUCUUACGAAGAAUGUGAUAUCUUAGCCGCAAUUCGAAGUAGUGUUACAUGGUAUUUGAACAAAAGGUUAACCGAGGUUUCAAAAAUACAAAAGGAUCAACAAGAGGCUAGGAUUACGAGGGAGAUUGAAAGACGAGAAAGUACACUUUAUAAAACACCGACUGUCAAAUCAAAUGCUCAGAAACAAUCUCUUCAGACCCUGAUAAAAGAGGAAAAAGAGGUUUCUUCGGAAAAUGAAGGGAUAGUUGGUAGCAUAGACGGAGAUGAUAUCGAGCAGCACUUGUCCGUGGAACAGAAAAUGAUGUUGGAAGUGGAAAACGAAUCCAUGAUUAAAGAGCUGGCCACCGAACUGGAGCAAAUCAAGCAAUCAAGCGGAAAAAACCUUGCUAGAAAUUUCAAAUUUACAAUCUUUAUUGUCGAACCACUUAAUGCUGCAAACUCAGCAAACGGACCGAUUAUACUCCGAAGCUAUUGCCACCACGGCUAG